AGAGGGCAAGCAAUAGGUUCUGGCACAGGUGUGUGUUUGUGUAUAUAUGUGAGGUGUGACAGUGUGUGGAUCCCAAAUAUGCUAAAUAAAGGGAGAAUAGGUAGGAGGAGGCACAGCUCAUGGGUGAUUGCGGUGAUUAUGUGGGUCCCUCUUCUACCUCCCUCCCUCUGUCCCUCUGAAUCUCAGAGCUGAGAGAGACAACACCGUGCCUGCCUGACUCCUCAAGUCACUGUGGCGUUCUGUAAAAGCUGCUGGGAAGCUUGAUUUAAGAUCUGCAGCCAGAGAGAAACGGGGUGAAGCACAGGAGAAGAAAAUCGACUCAUAUUUACUGAACUGCAGAGACGCCACUCAGGGAUUUUCUCAGGGUCUCCGGUCUUGAACAUCUCCACAGGUUGGUCUGCAGAGACAUGGAUAUUUUCAUGGAUUUCAGUGUGACCAGUAACAUCAGCCACGAAACAGGACAAGGAGGCAGUAAAAGCCACGGACUCAACCGCAGCGACCCCCUGGACAGUUUCGUGGGCAUGGAGAUUCUUCUGCGUUUCAAACCCCUCUUCUUACCUCUCUACUGCCUCGUAGUGGCCGUGGCCGGGGUGGGAAACUCCAUCCUGUUGGCUUGCAUCCUGGCUGACAAGAAACUCCACAAUGCCACAAACAUUUUCAUCGGAAACUUGGCAGCAGGCGACCUGCUGAUGUGUUUGAGCUGCGUUCCCCUGACUGUGUCUUACGCCUUCGACAGCCAUGGCUGGGCCUUCGGGAGGCCCCUGUGCCACCUGGUCCCCUUGCUGCAAUGUGCCACGGUGUUCGCCUCAGUGCUUUCACUCACUGCCAUCGCGGUGGACCGCUAUGUUGUUGUAGGUAAGAUUUUCAAUCUCACUUCUACUCAUACCACAUGUAAUGCGUGAUAUAUUCUUCUAUGCUUUCCUCUGUUGUACACAAUAUCUGUUUGUCUCCUUUUGGUGUCAGCUCACCCGGUUCGGAAGAGGAUUUCUGUGUGGGGCUGUGGUGCAGUGACUCUGGGUGUAUGGCUCCUGUCUCUGGCUCUGGCCGCACCUCCCUCUAUCUAUACCCGCUAUGUGGACCUGCGGCCGAGUGGUAUCGACUUGGUGGUGUGUGAAGAAUUCUGGCCUAAUAGUGGCAAUCUGCGGCUGCUUUAUUCCUGCUUCAUCCUCAUAGCCUCCUAUAUGAUCCCCCUGCUGUCCGUCAGCAUGUCCUACUGUGCCAUCACUGUCAGCCUCAAGCGCUAUUCAAUACCCGGGGAGCCAUCCAGCAGUCAGCAGCGCUGGAGCCAAAGGAGGAAGAAGACCUUCUAUCUUCUGGUAGCCUCAGUUCUGUCCUUCGCCCUGUGUUGGCUCCCACUGCAGGUCCUGAACCUGUUGCUGGACCUGGACCCGAACUUCCACUUCAUAGGGAAGCGCUACAUAAACGUCUUACAGGUCUGCUGCCAUUUAGUAGCUAUGAGCUCUGCGUGCUACAACCCGUUCAUCUACGCUUCACUGCACAGCAAGGUCCGCAUGCACCUGAAGGGCUACCUCUGUCCUUGCCGCAAGCGUCAGAGCGCCGUGGUGUCGAGGCCGACAUCAAGGAGCUGA